AUAAAAACAAGUGGCAUGGACAAUGCAAAUGGUAUGAUAGAUUAUAUGAAUUGAUUGAUUAAUAAAUAAAUUUGAAAUUUAAAAAAGAGAAAAAUAAUUGGGUGUUUCCGAUAGUAGUUGUAGCGGUCAAGCCGAGCCGAUCCGAUGACGCGAGCCACUCACACACUGGGGGUUCCCCCAACAACACGCGCCCCUCCCCGGCGACCGUACCGUAUUAUCCCCCACCCUUCCCACUCUUUCGCCUUGCCGUUUCGCUUUCUCUCUCUUCUUUCUCUUUCCGCAUUCCCUCUCUCUUUCUCUCUCUUCUUCCCCGAACCCUAAUUUCCGUUUUCCGAUGCCCGACUUCAACGACUCCAUCGCGCCGCCGUCGCGCCCCGUCCCCGUUCGCGAGGACUGCUGGUCCGAGGAGGCGUCUUCGACUCUUGUUGACGCCUGGGGCCGACGCUACCUCGAGCUCAACCGCGGCAACCUCCGCCAGAAGGAUUGGCAGGAUGUCGCGGAUGCUGUCAACGCGCUCCACGGUCACACCAAGAAGACGCACCGCACAGACGUCCAGUGCAAGAACCGCAUCGAUACCAUAAAGAAGAAGUACAAGAUCGAGAAGGCUAGGGUUUCGUCCUCCAACGGUACUCUCUCUUCCUCCUGGCCUUUCUACGAACGAUUGGAUGCUCUGAUUGGCCCUAAUUUCAACGCCAAGAAGCCUCCUUCCUCCUCGCCGUCUCCUUCGCCACCUGUGGCUCUUCCGUUGCUUCCGCAUCGGAAGAACCCUUCCUCCUCGCCUGCGAUUGCGGUGACACCCACGGCCGUCGCUCUGCCUCAGAAGCGCUCCGCCGCUGCGGCGGCGAUGGAUGAGGGUUAUUUCAGAAGGAAUUACUCCGCUGUUGCAGCGGCUGCGGCGGCUGCGGAGGCUGACGAGGACGAGGAGGAAGAGGAAGAAGAGGAGGCGGACGAUGUGGAGGAGGAGGAGGACGAAGAUGAAGGAAGGGGGAGCGAGGUGGAGGAAGGGGAGAAGGAGAGGGAAGGGAUGAGGAGGUUGGCGAAGGCGAUAGAGAGGUUUGGGGAAGUGUAUGAGAGAGUGGAGGGUCAGAAGCUGAGGCAGAUGGUGGAUUUGGAGAAACAGAGGAUGCAGUUUGCUAAAGAUCUUGAAGUCCAGAGGAUGCAGAUGUUUAUGGACACACAGGUUCAGCUCGAGAGAAUUAAGCGCGGGAAACGAUCUGGCUCUAACGUUCUGCAAUUAAAUAUACCAGCAAGUGGUGCACUUUAGUACUUCGUUUUGGCAGGUUAUCAUAGUUUAUGAUAUGUAUAGCUAGCCUGGUGAAGUGGGCGAUGGUUAGAUGAUGGUGCUCGAAAAGCUGUCUUGGUUUGGGUCUAGUCGUGGGAAAAGUACAUAUCUUCAGCUGAUAUACUGUCAUGAGGGAAUAUCUCCUAUAGAAAUUUAUCUUGGAGUAAUUUUGGAUUCUUUUAGCUAGCCUUUUAUUUGUUGUUAUUAGUCCUUAUAAAUUAAAUCAGCGACUGUGCUAGGCCUAAUUUGGCUCCGAUAUAGAAUUUGCUCCAAUGUAUAACACUCUUAUGCCAAAUGCCCUCCCUUUUCCCUUUUCACUACCCGGUUUGUUUUUUCAAAGCCCUGAGAUAAGACAGUGUAUUGCGUUUUUUGAUUAACAAAACAACAUAGGGUCCA